AUGGCAGCCGCUCUACCUUCACUCUCCUCCCACGAGGCUAUUGCCGAUGCCCUUUACCGUGCCAUCGAUGGCUACGUUAUGAGUGGCCUGGAGGACAUUUGCUGUCGAUCCUACGAGAAAAUCGCGAAAUUAGACACCACUCACUUUGUCAACAAUGUCCGGAUCAACAUCACAGAGGGCGCAGCUGCUGCAUCUAUGACGGCUUCUGUGCUUUUACAGCACUAUCGGACACAUGUCGCAAGGGAUGACACAGAGUUAUUGUGGAAGAUCAAGCGUUGGAACGUGAAGGUCUUCUGGACGAUGGGAGAUGCCAGUGUGAUCGACUGA